UUUCCAGAAAACACGAAUGAACUAAAAUUUUCUGACAAAAAGGACAAAUAGAGGUUAUAUAAAUGUGAUGUGCUUAUCCGUUGCUUGUCAUUCAAACUUGAAAUAUUCGAUUAUAUUGCAAUACUAGUUAUACUCAAUUUUCUUAAAACUUAUUUUUCAAAUUCCUAGUGUAGCAUUUAUUAUUUGAACGAAGAUGUUUCUGGCAUCAUCCUUGACAGAUCUUGCGUCUCUUUCAAAAGAGGAUAUUCUCAAGUUUCUGGAUUCCGUUGAUACGGUUCUAUUCGAUUGUGACGGAGUUUUGUGGCUUGAAAAUGACCCGCUACCUAAUUCUGCCGAAGUUGUAAAUCGGCUAAGGAAUAUGGGUAAAAAGGUGUUAUUUGUUACAAACAACUCCACGAAAAUUCGCGAGGAAUUUGUCACUAAAACCAAACGAAUGAACAUAGUUGCUAAUAAGGAUGAAAUUAUUAGUACAUCGUAUUUGGUAGUAAGUUAUUUGAAAAAUAGAAACUUCUCAAAAAAAGUUUAUCUUAUCGGUUCUCGAGGGAUAGCACAAGAGUUGGAAUCCGCAGGUAUUAAAUAUAGCGGACUAGGACCCGAUGUUUUAAAUACAAAUGUAGCUGUUGCAAUUGAAAAUUUUAAUCCUGAUCCAGAUGUCGGAGCUGUAAUUGUUGGUUUUGAUGAACACUUCUCGUACAUUAAAAUGAUGAAAGCUGCAACAUACUUAAAUAAACCUACUUGUUUAUUCCUUGCCACCAACACUGAUGAACGGUUUCCCAUGCCUACAGAUAUUGUCAUUCCUGGGACUGGCUCAAUAGUUAAAGCAGUGGAGACAUGUGCAUUAAGAGAACCUCUAGUAGUUGGGAAACCUAAUUCUUACAUUGCCGAUUGUUUAAUAAAAGAAUAUGGUGUUGAUCCGAACAAAACACUGAUGGUGGGUGACAGAUGUAAUACAGAUAUUUUGCUGGGUACAAGAUGUGGAUUUCAAACUUUAUUGGUUCUUAGUGGUGUUACAUCUUUAGAGGAGGUAAAAGAAUGGAAGGAUUCAGGUAAAAAAGAAGACAAGGAUCUUGUACCCGAUGUUUACUUAGAAAAAUUGGGGGAUUUGUUACAAUUUAUUGAAUAAUUCAGAGUGACUUAAUUGAAUUAUAUAUGAUUAUAUAAUCAAUUAACUUGUUUUUAGUUCAAUUUUUAUUUAUUGAAUGGAUGCAUUUAGUUACAAAUUUUAGAAAAUCUUAUCUGUUUUAACAUACAUAAUGUGAUAUAUUUAAUAAAUGUAACUUUGUGUUCUUUAA